AUGACCCGUUCUCAAUUGCCGUACACACCUCCCGAGCACCGUGAUCGUGGGAAUAUCUGGGGUGGUCUUGAAUCGGGAUGUGGAGGGGGUGGAUCAUCUCCGAGAACUCUUCUCCAACCUCAAGUCUGCGCUGGGGAAUAUAUCGAGCUGGUAUAUUUCCCAGCAAUGGGGUCACUUGUGACUGAUCAAAGUCUCCAGUCGAACCAGGCUUGGCCGUCGGAUAUAUCCACCGCCAUUGGUACCGGUUACGUAUAUGAUGCCCACGAUAUGACAGACAUUCCAUGGAUAUUCUCCAUGGAUACUCUCCGAGCAACUGGUUCUUAG